CAAGAGAACGCGCGAAGGUAGCAAGUCCUGGCUCUCCGCGACUCGUGAGAGCUUCCCAACCUCGCCCAAAUUUGCACUUGUAUGAACGUCAGCUGCCCAAUUGCCGGUGAAAUCUAUGAGCUGUCUUUGGAUUGACACUCGGUAUAGUUCUACUUAUUGACAUCGGCUACUAGAGUCAACACGUUCUGUCAAGCGCAGAUGCCCAAGAUCAAGAGCUUUGCGCCGAGUUGGCUCAACGAGCCUUCUCCUGGCCACAAGCUGUUUGCGCAAUCAAGCGACGAUGCCAGGUUUUCCACCCCCUUGGCACACGGUAAAAAGGCGAAACCGGGGCCGCGGCGGACGAUAGCGCGACGGGGCACUGAGGUCUUCGUUGCCGCUGGGAAGGAACUACGAUGGGGUGAUCUUGUCUACCUGAAGGAGUCAUGGGAGACAAAGCAAACACGGUCUGGUUCAGCGACCCGGAUUAAGAGAGAGAGUUCUGAAGACUCGCUCGAUCAAGACGAAGAGGGCUUGGCAGACGGAUUCCGGACCAUCAAGACGCCUGUUGCCGAUAACAUCCGCCAGUUGAUCAUGUCCCCGAACCAGGAGCUUCUUGCAGUCCUGACCGGCCAUACUGUCCACAUCUGCAUCCUGCCCGAUUCCUCCCAUCUGUAUGCCAAAGACACCACGCCGUUCAAGCCCAAGUUCUGGACCGUCGGACCUACUACCCACGUCACCUCCCGGUCGGCAGUUGUCUCCGCUUUGUGGCACCCCCUAGGCGUCAAUGGGACAUCUCUGGUCACAAUCACGGAAGACGCCGUGGUGCGCGUUUGGGAACUCUCCACGGCUGACCGCUGGACCUUUGACGCGCCUACGCUUGCAGUGGAUCUGAAGAGGCUGGCAGAUGGCACGUCUCUGGAUCAAGACUUUAGCGUCUCCACGUCGGCCACGAACAAGGGUUUCUCGCCUGAUGCGUUUGAUAUGGAGGUGGCAGCCGCAUGCUUCCCGGCUAGGAGCUCAGGGGGCUGGUCGCCAAUGACACUGUGGGUAGCCAUGACAUGCGGCGACGUCUACGCUCUCUGCCCCCUCCUCCCUCAGCGCUGGGCACCCCCUCCCACACUGAUUCCGGCCUUGUCCGUGUCCAUCGUGGCCAGAGUCGCGGCUACGGAGGAUAACCCGGAAGCCUCACCCGAGGCGCGGCUUCUGGCCCAGCAGCAACUCGACUGGAUGUCCGACUUGGACAGCCAGGAGCCUAAAAUUGUCGAAGGCAGUCUAGGAGAAGACGCGGUGGAGGUCUAUACGCGGCCAACGCGGCCGGGGAUAGUCCCAAAGCUCCAAGGUCCGUUUGAGUUUGACCUGAAUCCAGAAGACGAGCAGGACGACGAGGUGGAGCUCAAGGAUAUCUACGUCAUUGGGGAAAAAGCGAAUGUGGCAGAUCUGAUGAUGGGCGAGGAGGAGGAGCUGGAAAUGGAGGAUGACGACCGGACUGGUUUGUCCCUUACGGUCAUCUGCCUCCUCUCCACCAGCGGGCAGGUCAAGAUCUGCCUGGACGUUGAAGGUGUUGAGGCCCAAUGGCUUCCCCCUCGAUCCAAACAGAGGUCGAGGCUUCUCGGCCCGUCACCCACGAUCCCCUCGCUACUGACCUUCCAGACGUUCGACACACUCAAACCUGUUGAGGUCAUGCCCGAGAGCUGGCCGAUGUUUACCGGUGACGUUACCUCCAGGUAUUCGUUCUACGUCACGCACCCCGCCGGAAUUACUUAUGUUUCUCUGGUGCCAUGGGUCUUCCGGCUCGAGAGCGAACUCGAGGGGGACUCCGAGGCUGGUGCGGAAUUCCGCAUUGACCUUCUCGCCAAGGGUCAGGGAUCAGAGCGGGAGCGCAUCUACACGCAGGCCCGCGGCCAGAGUGACCUUGCCGCAGCCAUAGCGAUCAAAGAUCCGGACCUGGGCUAUUUUGUGCUCUCUGCCACGCGUCGCGACCCCGUUGUCCUUUUUUUCGACACACCAGAGGAAGAUAUCAUGCCCAGAGACUCCCCAGUCAUCAUUCACCAGCAAAUAGAGAAACCACAGCCCCCAGUUGGCUGGGAGCCUCGUCCGUUCUUCCAUCCUUCGGAGGUGCUAGAUCGCAGGAGCGCGAUUCCCGCAUGGAUUGACCACUUGAAGACGGGCAGACGGCGGCCGCUAUUCCAUCAAGAGGUCCGGCUCUCGAUGGCGACACUCGAGGUGUUCACCGAAGGACACAAGGUGAUCUGCAAUGAGGUUACGGAUCUCAACGACGCCGUCGCGCAGCUGUUCAGGAAAUGCGAGGACCUUCAGCUCGAGCUUAGGAAGCAGAUCGAGAAGGCCAGCGAGGUGAAGCAGCGCGUUGAGAAAAUCACUUUGCAGGAUUCGUCAGACGACGAGCCGGUCUCGAAUGACUUGCUCAUUCAGGACCGGCUACGAAGCGCCCGGGAGAAGCAGAAGCAACUGGCAAGCAGGAUGGAGAAGCUGAAGCGGACCUUGGGCAGGGUGGCGAACCGCGAGCUGAGCGACAAGGAAAAGGCAUGGGUAGAGGAAGUGCGGGCGCUUGAGGGCAGCAUCCUAGGACCCGAGGCGGAUCAAACAUCACCGUCGACGCCUAGGACCAAGCAGCCCUGGAAACGAUUCGAAGAGAUCAAGGCGCUUCGGGACACCCUCAUUACUCAAGUGGAGCAGCUGCAGAGAUCGCGGGAAGGCACCGCUGAUGCCUCGCCCACGUCUCCGCUGCCUAGCCUGAAGAUCCCGCCCGAGAUUCGCAAGGCCAAGCUGGCGCAAAUCAUUGGCUUGUUGGAUCGGGAGACGGCACUUGUGGACGGGGUGAAAUCGCGGAUCGAGAGACUAAGCCUUGGAUAGGAGGCCCAAUCGGAAGCCACAAAGGGGAGAAGUGGGAUUUGAGAGGGACAGAGAAAGCCAAGGUGUCCCACAACCUUCGUUGUCUUGACUCAAGGGAAGGAUAACAAGAGAAAUAAUUUGGAGUUGUUGUAUACACAGCGUGGAUUGUGCGUCGAGACCGCUCACUGCAUACCCUAAUAAGUGUUCCUCUUGGUCUCGGUGAUGGGCUCCGGGCCACAC